UCUUCACAGAAGAAGAUAAUGCUGAAUAUGUUUUUAGACACCAUGAUGGCCGAUCCUCCUCCCCAGUGCCUUGUCUGGCUACCUCUCAUGCACAGGCUUGCCCAUGUUGAGAAUGUCUUCCAUCCUGUGGAAUGCUCCUACUGUCACUGCGAGAGCAUGAUGGGCUUCCGAUAUCGAUGCCAGCAGUGCCACAACUACCAGCUCUGCCAGAACUGCUUUUGGCGUGGCCAUGCCAGCGGCGCUCACAGCAACCAGCACCAGAUGAAGGAGCACUCCUCUUGGAAAUCCCCUGCAAAGAAGCUGAGCCAUGCAAUUAGUAAAUCUUUGGGAUGUGUACCCUCCAGAGAACCCCCACAUCCUGUUUUUCCUGAGCAACCAGAGAAACCACUUGACCUUGCACAUCUAGUUCCUCCUCGCCCUCUGACCAAUAUGAAUGACACCGUGGUUAGCCACAUGUCCUCUGGAGUGCCCACUCCCACCAAGAGGUUACAGUAUAGCCAAGACAUGCCCAAUCUCUUGGCCGAUGAGCAUGCGCUGAUAGCCUCCUAUGUGGCUCGUCUGCAACACUGCACACGUGUGCUGGACAGUCCUAGCCGACUGGAUGAGGAACACCGGCUUAUAGCCCGCUAUGCUGCCCGGCUAGCUGCAGAGGCAGGAAACAUGACUCGUCCUCCCACUGAUGCCAGCUUCAACUUUGAUGCCAACAAACAACAGAGACAGCUGAUUGCAGAACUGGAGAACAAGAACAGAGAGAUCCUGCAGGAGAUCCAGCGCCUGCGGCUGGAGCACGAGCAGGCUUCCCAGCCCACCCCUGAGAAGGCCCAGCAGAACCCCACGCUGCUGGCAGAGCUGCGCUUGCUGAGGCAAAGGAAAGAUGAGCUGGAGCAGAGGAUGUCAGCACUGCAGGAGAGUAGGCGGGAGCUGAUGGUGCAGCUGGAGGGGUUGAUGAAGCUGCUAAAGGCUCAAGCCACAGGAUCACCACACACAUCACCCACCCAUGGAGGUGGCCACCCUAUGCCCAUGCCUGUGCGCUCUACAUCUGCUGGCUCCACCCCGACCCACGGCCCCCAGGAUUCACUGAGUGGAGUUGGGGGAGACGUCCAGGAGGCCUUUGCACAAGGUACGAGGAGAAACCUCCACAAUGACCUGCUGGUGGCUGCUGACUCCAUCACCAACACCAUGUCCUCCCUGGUGAAGGAGCUCCAUUCAGGCACAGAGGUGGAGGAGCAAACUGGCACCGAGAAGACAAGGGAAGGUCUUCCCCCAGAGGCACAUUCCUGUCCGUCUUUCUGCUGCACACCUGGACCAAGCUUGCAGGCUGCCAGACUCACUCAACCUCCGGAGAGAGGAGCCAAGCCUAUGGGAAGUGGGGAGGGACUGCCUGAGGCCACAGCUGGUGGGCCUCCUGCAUGUACUAGCAUCCGCAUUCCUCCCCCAGGGCAUGGUCUCAUCUCUGCAUCAGGAAUUUACCAGGAGAUGGAAAAGAAAAGAAAAAGUGUUGAGCCCUUGUGUGUUCCUGACCAAGUGGGGUUCCUUCUGGCAUCUGGCCAUCAUGGGGCGCUCUCCCUAGUGUGGGCACAUGUAGUUCUUUCCUACCUUCCACCUUUAACAUUUUCUGUCUAUGCAAAGAAAGCUGCAGGCCUCGUUCAGUUCUGCAUUUACACCCCGGCCUCAGUGCUAAAAAUAGCGCCCCCUUCCUCUUUGACCUGGUGAGGAGGCUUCCGCCUGCACAGUGCUGUGAGGCCCUGUUGCUGUGUAGCCAGGAGGAAGGCAGAGAACUUUGUGCUCCAGUCAGUGGGGAAGCAGCCCUGAUCUAUGUGCCAAGCUGGGACUAGAAGCCAGGGGGUGCACUGCCUGGGUGCUGCUCAUGCAUCCUCUCCUGGGGUCCUGUGGAACAUGUGAUCACCAA